AUGAAAUUUAUAAAGUUGUGUACGCUGGCAUUGACAAGUGUUUCCGCUCGACAAAAUCCGGCUAAAGGGUUUUUUGCAUCAACAAAAAAUAAUCUGAUGGUAAGUAGUAAUCUUAUAGGACAAGAAUCCCAGAGUUCAUUAUUAAAAGCUUCACAUGCCACUGAAAAAAAAGACAAAAAAGAAAAAAAGGAAAAAUCUAAAUUAAAGUUAAAAAAUCAUCUUAAGGCAUUAGGACAGAAUAAAAAUGAACUCAAAGAAGCCAAGGCGCACACAAAUGAAAGUUCUAGUAACUUAAAAAACCAGAACGGUGAAAAGGGCUCUAAACCUAAAAAAUCUUCAAACUUAAAAUCAAAAAAAAGUUCUUCAAUGACUACUAAAAAAGAUAAAGAUACAAAAAAGUCUGUUGAAUCGGACAAUCCCGAGGGAGAAGAUGAAACUAAAGGUCAGAAAGACGAAUCCAAAAAAGGAAAGAGUAAGAAAGGAUCUAAAAAAGAGGCGCAAUCUAAUGUAAGCAAGUCUGAUCCCAAACCUAAAGAAGGUAAAUCUAAAAAAGAUGGCAUUACUGAAAGUUCUGAAACAGAAAAAAAACCAGAAGAAGAGAAAAAAGGAAAAUUAAAAGAAGAAAACGACAAAAACGGCGAUGCUGACACGCAGAAAAAAGAAAAGAGCAAGAAUAAACUUAAUUUACUUGAAUACAACCAAGGCCUUUUGCAAUCUAGCGAACUUAAGGAUUCAAAGAACUUGAAGAUGUCAGAAGAAAGUUCAGCUGAAGAUUCCAACGAUGAGGAAGAAUCCAACGAAUAA